GCCAGGGGGUAGCUUUACGUCCUCACUCGCCCUUCGCCCCUAACUCCUUCGUGCACCUUGCAGCCCCUUCACCCUAGGAUGAUCCUGCCGCAGUUUCUCCAGUGAGCCCCUCGCGAGGCCUCCCCUCCUCCUCCAGGCGCCCCAGUGAGCAGGGCUGCGCGCGCAGCUCCUGUCCAGCCUCAGUGAGGGGACGCUUCGCAGGUACUCCCCGACCAUGGAGACUUCGGCGCCGAGGGCGGGAGUCCGCGCUUCCGGCCGCCGCCACCGCCACCUCCCUUCCAUCCUGGACAAGAUGCCUGCGCCCGGCGCACUCAUCCUCCUGGCGGCUGUCUCCGCCUCCGGCUGCCUGGCGUCCCCAACGCACCCCGAUGGAUUCGCUCUGGGCCGAGCUCCUCUGGCUCCGCCCUAUGCCGUGGUCCUCAUUUCCUGCUCCGGCCUACUGGCCUUCAUCUUCCUCCUCCUCACCUGUCUGUGUUGCAAACGGGGUGAUGUCCGGUUCAAGGAGUUUGAGAACCCUGAAGGGGAGGACUGCUCUGGGGAGUACACUCCCCCUGCCGAGGAAACCUCCUCCUCACAGUCGCUGCCUGAUGUCUACAUUCUGCCGCUGGCUGAGGUCUCACUGCCAAUGCCUGCCCCACAACCUGCACAUUCAGACAUCACGACCCCACUGGGCCUGAGCCGCCAGCACCUCAGCUACCUGCAGGAGAUUGGCAGCGGCUGGUUUGGGAAGGUGAUCCUGGGGGAGGUUUUCUCAGACUACACACCAGCCCAAGUGGUGGUAAAGGAGCUUCGGGCCAGUGCUGGGCCCCUGGAGCAGCGCAAGUUCAUCUCCGAGGCUCAGCCCUACAGGAGCCUGCAGCACCCCAAUGUCCUCCAGUGCCUGGGUGUCUGUGUGGAGACGCUACCUUUCCUAUUGAUCAUGGAGUUCUGUCAGCUGGGGGACUUGAAGCGAUACCUCCGGGCCCAGCGGCCCCCUGAGGGCAUGUCCCCUGAACUACCACCUCGAGACCUACGGACACUGCAGAGGAUGGGCCUGGAAAUUGCUCGGGGGCUGGCACACCUGCACUCCCACAACUAUGUACACAGUGAUCUGGCACUUCGCAACUGCCUCCUAACCUCUGACCUGACAGUGCGCAUCGGCGACUAUGGGCUGGCCCACAGCAACUAUAAGGAGGACUACUACCUGACACCUGAGCGUCUGUGGGUGCCACUUCGCUGGGCAGCACCUGAGUUGCUGGGUGAGCUGCACGGAAGCUUUGUGCUAGUGGAUCAGAGCCGCGAGAGCAAUGUCUGGUCGCUGGGGGUGACCCUCUGGGAACUGUUUGAAUUCGGGGCACAGCCCUACCGUCACUUAUCUGAUGAAGAGGUCCUUGCCUUCGUUGUCCGCCAGCAGCACGUCAAGCUGGCCCGGCCCAGGCUCAAAUUGCCUUAUGCCGACUACUGGUAUGACAUCCUUCAGUCUUGCUGGAGACCACCAGCCCAGCGCCCCUCCGCAUCUGACCUGCAGUUGCAGCUUACUUAUCUGCUGUCUGAGCGGCCCCCAAGACCCCCUCCUCCGCCACCCCCUCCCCGAGAUGGGCCUUUCCCCUGGCCCUGGCCGCCCUCGCACAGCGCACCGCGCCCUGGUACCCUGUCCUCACAGUUCCCCCUUCUGGAUGGCUUCCCUGGGGCUGACCCUGAUGAUGUGCUCACUGUCACCGAGAGCAGCCGUGGCCUCAACCUCGAGUGCCUGUGGGAGAAGGCGCGACGUGGGGCCGGCCGCGGUGGGGGAGCGCCUCCCUGGCAGCCGGCGUCUGCGCCCCCUGCGCCCCAUGCCAACCCGUCCAACCCCUUUUACGAGGCACUGUCCACGCCCAGCGUGCUGCCAGUCAUCAGCGCACGCAGCCCCUCGGUGAGCAGCGAGUACUAUAUCCGGUUGGAGGAGCACGGCUCCCCACCAGAGCCCCUCUUCCCCAACGACUGGGACCCGCUGGACCCAGGCGUGCCUGGCCCCCAGGCCCCCCAGGCCCCUUCCGAGGUUCCCCAGCUGGUGUCCGAGACCUGGGCUUCCCCCCUCUUCCCGGCAACCCGGCCCUUCCCAGCCCAGUCCUCUGGAUCAGGUGGCUUCCUGCUAAGCGGCUGGGACCCCGAGGGCCGGGGAGCCGGGGAGACCUUGGCAGGGGAUCCUGCCGAGGUGCUGGGGGAACGAGGGGCCGCACCUUGGGCAGAGGAGGAGGAGGAGGAGAGCUCCCCCGGCGAAGACAGCAGCAGUCUUGGCGGGGGGCCCAGCCGCCGGGGACCCCUGCCCUGUCCCUUGUGCAGCCGCGAAGGUCCCUGCUCCUGCCUGCCGUUGGAGCGGGGAGAGGCGGUGGCCGACUGGGGGGGUCACCCUGCCCUUGGCUGUCCCCACCCCCCAGAGGACGAUUCUUCCCUGCGGGCAGAACGGGGCUCCCUGGCCGACCUGCCACUGGUUCCCCCUACCUCGGCCCCUCCCGAGUUUCUGGACCCCCUCAUGGGGGCCGCAGCGCCCCAGUACCCCGGGCGGGGGCCACCUCCCGCUCCCCCACCUCCGCCGCCGCCUCCCCGGGCCCCCGCGGAACCGGCCGCGUCCCCCGACCCCCCGUCGGCCCUGGCCAGUCCAGGCUCCGGCCUCUCGUCUCCGGGCCCCAAACCCGGGGACAGCGGAUACGAGACCGAGACCCCUUUUUCCCCCGAGGGAGCCUUCCCAGGUGGGGGGGCAGCCGAGGAGGAAGGGGUCCCUCGGCCGCGUGCUCCCCCCGAGCCACCCGACCCAGGAGCGCCCCGACCACCCCCAGACCCGGGUCCCCUCCGGCUCCCGGGGACCCGGGAGAAGGCGACCUUCGUAGUUCAAGUGAGCACCGAGCAGCUGCUGAUGUCUCUUCGGGAGGGUGUGACAAGGAACCUCCUAGGGGACAAGGGGUCGACACACCGGGAGACAGGACCCAGGAAAGCGGGGAGAAGCCCCGGGAACAGAGAGAAGGACCCAGACCCGAACAGGGACCUGACAGCCCUGGGUGGCGGGAUGAAAGCCCCCAACCGGAGCCUCCCUGUGAACGGGGUGACAGUGUUGGAGAACGGGGAGCAGAAAGCCCCAGUCAUCGAAGGGAAGGUGGCGGAGAAUGGGGGUCUGGAAUCCCCCGAGAGAGGCGAGAGAGCCCUGGCGAAUGGGGAGCCGAUGUCCCCAGAGGCCGGGGAGAAGACGGUGGCGAAUGGGGUUCUGAUGUCCCCAAAGAGGGAGGAGAAGGUGGCAGAGAAUGGGGGCCCGACGUUCCCCAGGAACACGGAGAGGCCGCCAGAGACUGGACCUCGGAUAGCCCUAGGGCCCUGGGAGAAGACACCCGAGACUGGGGGUCCAGCCCCCGAGACCCAGCUGGAGAGAGCCCCUGCACCCGACCAGGCACCCUUGCCCCAGAACGGCUUGGAGAUGGACCCUGGCCCACUUGGCCCAGGCCUCAAGAGCGGGAACCCGGAACCCGGGACCGAGUGGAAAGCCCACGAGACUGGGGAGGUGCUGAGAGCCCCCGGGGCUGGGAGGCUGGACCUCGGGAGUGGGGGCCGAGCCCCGGAGGGCGUGGGGACGGCCCCCGCCGGCGGCCCCGCAAGCGACGUGGACGCAAAGGCCGGAUGGGUAGACAGCACGAGGCCGCUGCCGCCCCCUCCUCAGCCACUGGGGACCCAGCAGAGGAGGCUGGAGCCUGCGCCCCCGAGAGCCAGGCUGGAAGUGGCCCUCGCGGGAGAGUCCGGGGUCCCAGACAACAGGCCCGGCGGAGACACGGCCCCCAGCGGAGGCGAGGACCCCCCCAAGCCGGAGAGGAAGGGCCCAGAGAUGCCACGACUGUUCUUGGACUUGGGACCCCCUCAGGGGAACAGCGAGCAGAUCAAAGCCAAGCUCUCGCGGCUCUCGCUGGCGCUUCCGCCGCUCACGCUCACGCCGUUCCCGGGGCCGGGCCCGCGGCGGCCCCCGUGGGAGGGCGCGGACGCCGGGGCAGCUGGCGGGGAGGCCGGCGGGGCGGGGUCGCCGGGGCCGGCGGAGGAGGACGGGGAGGACGAGGACGAGGACGAGGAGGAGGAGGACGAGGAGGCAGCGGGCCCACGGGGCCCCGGGAGGACGCGGGCAGCCCCAGUGCCCGUCGUGGUGAGCAGCGCCGACGCGGACGCGGCCCGCCCGCUACGGGGCCUGCUCAAGUCUCCACGCGCGGCCGACGAGCCCGAGGACACCGAGCUGGAGAGGAAGCGCAAAAUGGUCUCCUUCCACGGGGACGUGACCGUCUACCUCUUCGACCAGGAGACGCCAACCAACGAGCUGAGCGUCCAGGGCCCCCCCGAGGGGGACACGGACCCAUCAACGCCCCCGACACCUCCCCACCCCGCCACCCCAGGAGAUGGGUUUCCCAGCAGCGACAGCGGCUUUGGCGGCAGUUUCGAGUGGGCGGAGGAUUUCCCCCUCCUCCCCCCGCCCGGCCCCCCCCUGUGCUUCUCCCGCUUCUCCGUCUCACCUGCGCUGGAGACCCCGGGGCCUCCCGCCCGGGCCCCCGACGCCCGACCCGCAGGCCCUGUGGAGAACUGAUUCCCCAAAGACCCAGCCCCUUUGCAUCCCAAGAAGAAAGUUUGAGAGCAGAAUCUUGUGUGGAUGAUGGAGCAACUGCCCCGGAUGCUGACAUCACCUCUGGGGAGGCCCCUGAGGCUGGGCCUUCCACCUCCCCCACCAUGUGCCAAAUGGGAGGCCCUGGUCCCCCACCCAGCUCCCCAGAUGGGUCCCCUGAUCCCCCCAACCCCGUUGGAGCCACAUGAGACAGGAAGCCCCCACCACUGGACAGUCACCCUUCUUGGAACUAAACUGAACUCUUUUGGGCCUGGAGCCCCUUGGCACAGCAGAGGUCCCUCCUGACCCACUCCUGGCCCCAUGAGGGCCACCAGCUUCUGGGACCUGGACCCCCAUCUUGCGCCACCCCCUUCUCCCAAGCCCAGCCCCUGGAGGGGCCUCUGAUUCAAACCUUCACGUGGCAUUUUCACAUUAUUUAAAAAAGACAAAAACAACUUUUUAGAGGAAA